CUGCGUUUUGGAGAGAGAAAGAAACAAGAGAGAGAAAAUGUUUAGGAGUUUGGCCAAGAGAGGAGGAGGAGCUCUAGCUUCAUGGAGGUCAGUGACGGCGGUACAGAUAAGGAGGGACUACAGCCUCGGAGUCCUCCCCGACGGGGUUGACCGGACCUCCGAGGCUUUCUCCCGCAACUCCAAAGCCAUGGACGUCUUGAUCACCGACCUCCAAUCCCACAUCCAGAAGGUUCUCGCCGGAGGAGGACCGGUAGCCGUGAAGAGGAACCAGAGCAGGAACAAGCUCCUCCCUCGCGAACGGAUUGACCGCCUUCUCGACCCCGGCGCUUCCUUCCUCGAACUCUCCCAGCUCGCGGGGCAUGAGCUCUAUGAGGAGGCGUUACCCUCUGCUGGGAUCAUCACCGGGAUUGGUCCUGUCCAUGGGAGGCUGUGUAUGUUUGUGGCCAACGAUCCAACUGUUAAGGGCGGGACUUAUUAUCCCAUUACUGUUAAGAAGCAUCUUAGGGCGCAGGAGAUUGCGGCCAAGUGCAAGUUGCCGUGUGUGUAUCUUGUUGACAGUGGAGGGGCGUUUCUCCCCAAGCAGGCGGAGGUGUUUCCUGACAAGGAGAAUUUCGGGAGGAUAUUCUUCAAUCAGGCUUUGAUGUCGGCGGAGGGGAUUCCGCAGGUUGCGGUGGUGUUGGGGUCGUGCACGGCGGGCGGUGCGUAUAUUCCUGCCAUGGCUGAUGAGAGUGUGAUGGUAAAAGGAAAUGGGACUAUAUUUCUAGCAGGACCGCCGCUUGUGAAGGCUGCCACUGGAGAAGAAGUAUCAGCAGAGGAAUUGGGAGGAGCUAGUGUGCAUUGCAAGACGUCAGGAGUGUCAGAUUAUUUUGCUCAAGAUGAACUCCAUGGACUUGCUCUUGGGAGGAGUAUCAUUAAGAACUUGCACAUGGCUGGGAAUCAGGGAUUGCGUAGUGGAUUUCAGGGCAUAAGUUCCAAAUAUAGUGAACCAUUAUUUGAUGUAAAGGAACUUCGUUCCAUUGCACCAACAGACCAUAAGCAACAGUUUGAUAUUCGUUCGGUUAUUGCUCGCAUAGUUGACGGAAGUGAAUUUGAUGAAUUCAAGAAAUUGUAUGGCACUACUCUUGUGACAGGAUUUGCUACAAUCUUCGGACAGCCUGUUGGAAUCAUUGGGAACAAUGGGAUAUUAUUUAAUGAAUCUUCUCUAAAAGGGGCCCACUUCAUUGAAUUAUGUACUCAACGAAAUAUUCCCUUGGUCUUCCUUCAGAACAUCACUGGAUUUAUGGUUGGCUCAAGAUCUGAAGCGAAUGGUAUAGCAAAAUCUGGAGCAAAAAUGGUGAUGGCAGUUUCUUGUGCCAAGGUUCCCAAAAUUACUAUUCUUGUUGGUGGAAGCUUUGGCGCUGGAAAUUAUGCAAUGUGUGGUCGUGCAUAUAAUCCCGAUUUCACAUUCCUUUGGCCUAAUGCCAAAAUAUCUAUCAUGGGCGGCGCUCAGGCUGCUGGUGUCCUCUCCCAAAUAGAAAGGACCAAGAAGAAAAAGCAAGGAGUUGAGUGGGACAAGGAAGAAGAGGAAAAGUUCAAGGCCAACGUAGUUGAGGCAUUUGAGAGAGAAGGAAACUCUUAUUACUCCACAGCAAGGCUUUGGGAUGAUGGGAUUAUUGAUCCAGCUGAUACCAGAAAAGUCAUAGGUCUCUCCAUCUCUGCCUGUAUGAACCGUCCUCCGGAAGAAACCAAGUAUGGUGUAUUCCGUAUGUAAUAUAACAGAUACAUGUCUAUAAAAGAGACCGUGACUUGUUCAUUCAAAUAAUCGAAUAUGCUGUCUUGGAAUCAUGUCAAUAACUCAAAGGAACCAACCUUCUUUGUU